AUGGAGGGAACAACAUUUGCAGUGCGAAAUUUGAAAUCGAGAAAUGGAGGGAACAAUGAUGCUGGAUCCUCUAGUUCUGAUUCCACUAUAGCUCAAGGACAAGCAUUUGAUGAUGAGGAUGGAAGGCAGGAUGGGGACCCACGAACAUGGGACCCUCCUCCCGAUCCCAAAAAAUUAAAAGAUUCUCAAGAUUCAAGCCUCGAGGUGGUGAAGAUUGACUCAAAAAAUAUCAAGGAGGGAGGGCCGAGGGGAGAUGAUGGUAGAGGUGGUGGGAGAGCAGUUGCUGCUAUCACGGCUACGGGAGGAGAUGAGGAGGGGGAUGAGGAGGAUGUAGACAUUGGUGGCAGCACCAAUUCCAACAGUGAGGAUGAGGAUGAUUCUUCAUUAGUGUCAUCCAAUAGCGAUGGGGGAGAUUAUAGUUUUGGUGAUUCUGACAUGCCAAAGCUCGAGAACAUGCCUGUUGCAAAGGCAAGUGCACAUGGUAGUGAUAGAGGUCAGGGUGACGAUGAGGACCCACAUCUUUUGAGAGCCAAGAUCUGGAUUUUAGAGGAUGUAUUGGCCAAAGAGUGA